AUGUCGAAGUUGAAUGCUAAUGCCCCUUCUUUUCAUCCGGUGUACACCGACGAACAUGCCCUUUUUCUUACAUUCUCCAAUGGCUUCCCUCUGUCGGAAAUGCAAAUCUUCAACUUCUUUAACAGGCAAUUGAUGAUUAUUAUCAGUUAUUAUCCAUCGUCUGUUGAACGGGUGAAUGUGCACACGCCUAUGGGAGGAAGAGGGCCAUCUUUGUUCGGAAAAAUUGUUUUUAGAGAUAUACGCAUUCCAGCCUUACUGAUGGGAAACAAAGAAAGAAUAUCUUUCCUAGUGGAGGGGCACCAUCUCUACUGCAAAAGGUUCGUUAGCCAGCCUAGCCAGCCGAGUAAUCCCGCAGCCUCUGCGAGUAACAUCAACUCUGAAUCUUCUGAUGGUGGAACCCACUCCAGGGGUGAAGAGUGA